AUGAUUGGGAUCUUAAACUCAUGGAGAGCUAUUAGAACCAACAAUGCUGCCAUUAGUAUUGGUAAAUCCAGCCAGCUCAGCUAUAUAUCCGCUUUGCAGCUUUGCCGGGUUAACUGUGCAUCAUCACUGCAUUCAAUCCAUCAUUGGUCAUUUUCUUCUGUUCCUCGCUUGAUCUUUGCACCAACCAAAAUGGUUCAUCGAAAAAUGUCCAGUCAAACCGGAACAUCUCAGCGUAACUCGUCGGCUAGAGGACAAACACUCAUGUCUGAGCAAUUUGACUUUGUUGAUACUGUCGAGGAAUCUAUAAGCGAUCUUCCACCUCCACCUCCUGGAGUUUCUGUUGAAUUUCACAGUGAGCAUCACAAUCUAGCUGAACGCAUGCAUCACAAUGAUCAUCUUACCGAAGGUCUUGUCGCUCUUGCUAAAUGCGUUCAAACCCAGCAAGAUGCUGAUAUUUUUGCAACAUCUAUGCGCACAUGGAGACUUGCUCGUCAUGCUAUAUCUCUUUCUGACGGUGGUGAUAUUAUUCGUGCUAUGGAUUUAGCAGGAGCAAACAACACACUUCUUCGAAUGCUUUGCGAUCGUCGUAUAUACCGACUUGGUCCAUCUGAACAAGACAUGAUCAAGCUAAUGAAUAAUUUCCGAACUGCUUCCCUUGCACCGACAGCUCUAGAGAAUGAACAAACACAUCUUGAUCAGCUCGACUCGCUUUACAAGUCGUUUGCUGUAGUGCUCUAUCACGAAAUGCAUCCCACUUUGGAACACCAUUCUAUUUUAAUCACGGCAGGUGCUUAUGGAAAUACUGCCGAGGGUCUUCGUCGAUCUACUCUUACUUUUGGAGAUGUGAUUUCACUUGGCUGGGUACCUGAUGAGUCGGCUGUUUUUUCACUCGUUCAUGCCAACAUUCAGCAAGGAAAUGCUCAAGCUGCCUUGUCGAUCCUGCACUCACAUCAACGUAUUAACAAAUCGCUGGCUGACAUUUUUAAAAUUCGUGCAUAUUUGAGUCUGCAAGAUGCAGCGGGCAUGACUGCUGUAUUGGAACAAUUGGAAAAAACACCAUUGUCCAAAGCAGAUGUUGCUCAAUGUGGACAAAAGAGCGAUCUGUUUGGAUCUGAAUACUGGUUGCCUGUUCAUGAAACCUUUACACAAGUGUCUGCAUAUAUAAAUUCAAUCACUCCCGAGACUUUAGAGUCUCAGCAACUUAGAGAGAUUUUUGACAAGGUCGCUUCUGCUUACAGCUAGCGACAAAAAGCAUGAUAACGGAGAAAAGAUCAAAGAAAAUGAACCUUUUGUAUUUAUCUUGCAGACUGUCUAGUUGGAUUUGAACUAGAUAAUAGCCAAGUAUUCGCUGCGCUUUCUUGCUGGAAACAAUAUUUUCGAUUCUUCAAUAAACACAACGUCCAUCAUAUGAUGCAUACAAUUAAA